AUUUUGAAGCAUUGUCCUUUGUUAUUUACUCCAGAAAGUCACCUUAUUCGCUAGCGCACACGGUAACCGUAAACAACAAAAAACCGAUAUUUCGACUAUGACCAAAACAAAAGUAGACGGUUGCGAUAAAUAUCAGAACAAAAUGAUUUAUGCUAAUGUUCCAGUCUCAGCAACUCCACCGACCGAUUUAUCAUCGAGUAAAAUUAUCAAAAUUUGUUAUGUAAUUCGUGUGAUUACUAUGACAUCGUCGUAUUGGAAUGGUGAUGCUAUUGUUGAUGUUCCAAUUACAAUUGGAACACAUCCAAUUCGGGAUAAUGUCGCAGAAAAUAUGACGUCGAUUCCGAAUAUCCCGUUUGUUUUGUCGGGCAACGUAGUUUCAUUGCAACCAUCGGAACUGCAGUCAGUCGAGGAAGAUGCACCACCAUAUUCAUCGCUUCUAACUUCUCCACCGCCUUUUCCUAAUGAUGAGCUUCCGACCUACGCAGAAGCUUUGAAUCCUAACGACGAAAACAUACUCAAACCAAUACAUCUCAUGCUCAAGCACUCAAACGAAGGCCAAUUGUGAUUUUUUUUCCUGUUUGUGCUCGUGCCUUUCGUGAAUGAGUGUUUUAUUUAUUUUUUUAAAUAAAAAUAAAUGUGCCCAAAAUAGUGUGACUUUUAGUGUCUGCUUCCAAUGCAAAUGUAUACAUUUAAAUUUUCGUUUGCUAUGUUAAUCUCCAAAAUAUCGAUGCGUCACAUCUACAAAAUACAAUCUACAUCGGAUGUUUCUAGUGAACAGACAAAAAACCAAACACAGACAUUCCUAACCAUUUGUGUGU